ACCGCCCUCGCCAUCGCCGCCAUCGCCGCCAUCGCCGCCAUCGCCGCACAUUAUGUCCAAAUGCCGCCCGCUAUCGCCCAAGCUACCCCACGGCCCUCACCACCCAGCCCGCUCCCACUCCGUCUCUCCCAAUUAUCCCGACGUGGGCAUAAAAAGCCGCAUCGCGACGUCGGAACCGCUCUCUUGCGCCCUGGACGUUGCCGUCUAGCGGGGUUGCGGGCGUGCCGUCGAUCUGCCAAGCCCCAGCCCACCCUGGCUCCAGAGAUAAGGGGGAAAAACGCGCUUCCAUUGUUACGUGAGCCUAUCGAGUAACGCCCGCCGCCCACGCUGAGCCCGAGCCCGCCUGUCUCGCUGUCCCGGCCUGCGACUGCGACACCACGUUUGCUCUCGUCUUAUAAACAAUACACGUCGCCCCAGCCACACGCUCACAAACGCCUGUGCUCAUCGUCGGCCAUCUGCCACCAAAUAUGCGCAGCCGUGCCUGUGGCCGUGUCAUGUCUGCUUUGGGCAAGGCUGGGGGGGGGGCCGCUCCGUGUGCUGCAGCGGGCUCCAAAAAGGCUUGUCUUUUCCCCAGAUCACAUCUCACUGCUGAUCCGCCAGGUCCAACGUCCCUAUGGUUCGCAGCAGGCUUAUCGCCUGCGCGCCGAUGGUGCGGGCGGAUAGUCGUGGGCAAGCGCUGGCUCGUGUGGCCUGCGCCCGAUAGGAAACUCAACACCAUCCCGGGGUCGACAUGGAGCCAAACCUGGGCAGCCUGUCUGUCCACAGUCCGUCUCUCUCUCCCUCAUGCACACCUUUGUCUCGGCGUCGUCUCCAUGCCAAUCAGAUAGCCAUGACGCGCUGAAAAGCGCUCCACUGCCCUGCUGUUCGGUACACUGCCACGCCCAUCAUGCACUCCCACACACCAACUUGGCACGGCCCCUCUGCCCUCGACGGCUUCACUCAAUGACCUGCAGCCCUGCGUGCUUCUAGUGCUGUGGAGAGCCCGUGUACCUGCAGCAGCACUCAACCCGCAGCACUGCGCUGAGGCGGC